AUGAACUUUAAAGCCAGAGCAAGAGCAAUCAAAUUCAGUCCAGAUGGCAAAUAUCUAGCAAUUACAAACGAGAAGACAGUCAAUGUUUGGAAAGCACCUGGUCAUACUCGUGAAUUUGCACCUUUUGUUUUAUUUUACACAGCUCUUGGACAUCAUGAUACCGUGACUAAUAUUAAUUGGAGCCCUGAUUCAAAAUACUUUAUUACAUCAUCAAAAGAUAUGACAUGUCGUAUUUAUACAAUUGAUAGAACUAUUGAUGAUUUUGUUUCCUCUGCACUUACUGGUCAUAGAGAUUAUAUUGUGAAUGCUUGGUUUUCUUCAGAUAUGAAAAAUGUUUAUUCAGUUAGUCGAGAUGGAUCUUUAUUUCAAUGGAAAAAUUCAACUUAUGCUGCUAUGCAUGAAGAUUCCGAUACUGAAAUGGUUGAAGUUGAUGAAAAUGGAAAUGAAAUUGUACGUGUUGAUAAAGUGAAGUGGAGAAUUCAGAAAAAAAAUUACUUUAAUACAACUACUAUUAGAGUAAAUGAAGCACAAUUCUUUGCAGAAAGUAAUUUAGUAGUUGUAGGUUUUGAAAAUGGUCUAUUUGGUAUUUAUGAAGUCCCUCAUUUCACUACUAUUCAUACCUUAAGUAUUUCACAGAAGAAAAUUGACUCUGUUGCGAUUAAUGCAACUGGUGAAUGGCUUGCUUUUGGUUCCGCAGCUCUUGGACAAUUAUUAGUUUGGGAAUGGCAAUCAGAAACAUAUGUACUUAAGCAACAAGGCCAUUAUUUCGAUAUUAAUUCAGUCUCAUAUUCUACAGAUGGACAAUUAUUGGCAACAGGUGGCGAUGAUGGUAAAGUAAAAGUGUGGAAUACAGCAUCAGGCUUUUGUUUUAUUACAUUUAGCGAUCACAGUAGUAGUGUGAAAGCUGUGGAAUUUGCCAAACAUGGUCAGGUUUUAUUUUCUGCUAGUUUAGAUGGUACAGUGCGUGCAUUUGAUUUAGUUCGUUACCGUAAUUUCAGAACCUUUACAAGCCCUAAUCCUGUACAAUUUACAUCACUUGCUGUUGAUCCCAGUGGAGAAAUAGUAUGUGCUGGUACAAUGGAUACCUUUGAAAUUUAUGUAUGGAGUGUUCAGACAGGUAAAUUACUUGAUAUCUUGGCUGGGCAUACAGGCCCUAUUAGUUCAUUAUCUUUCUCUCCUACCGGUAUGAUGCUUGUAAGUGGUAGUUGGGAUCAUUCAGCUCGUACUUGGGAUGUUUUUGGACGUAGUAAGACUGUUGAACCUUUAGUGCAUCAAACUGAAGUCUUGGCUGUUGCUUUUAAGCCUGAUGGUAAAGAAAUUGCAGCUGCAACUUUGGAUGGACAAAUUACCUUCUGGGAUAUUUCAGAAGCGACUAUUAUUAGUACUAUUGAUGGUCGUAAGGAUAUUAUGGGCGGCCGUAAGGUAAAUGAUCGUACAUCUGCUGAGAACGCAUCCUCUGGUAAAUGCUUUAAUUCAAUCUGCUAUACUGCUGAUGGUACCAGUAUCAUUGGUUCUGGUACAAGUAAAUAUAUCUGUAUUUAUGAUGUCGAAACUACAUUCCUCAUUAAAAAGUUUGUUAUUUCAAAGAAUCUCUCAUUGGAUGGUACACAAGAAAUGUUAAAUUCCAAGUAUAUGACAGAAUUUGGAAGUUUAGAAGAAUUAGAUGAUGAAGGGUCAGAUCGUGAGGAGCGUCAAGACUUCUCAUUACCUGGCACAAGAACAGGUGACCUUUCAGUUCGACGUACAAGACCUGAAGUAAAAUCUACAGCAGUACGAUUCUCACCUACAGGACGCUCAUGGGCAGCAGCAACAACAGACGGCAUAAUGAUUUAUUCUUUAGAUGAAGAUAUUAUCUUUGAUCCAUUUGAUUUAGAGAUUGACAUUACACCUGAAACUGUACGCGAAACUCUCGCAGAAAAAGAAUACCUAAAAGCACUUUGUAUGGCAUUCCGUUUGAAUGAAAAGCCAUUAUUACAUACUGUAUUUGAAAGUAUCCCACCUGACUCAGUUGAACUAAUUGCUCGUAGCAUGCCUGAAAAAUACCUUCAUAAAUUAUUAACAUUUGUUGGUAUGCAUAUGGAGACAAGUCCUCAUAUCGAGUUCCAUUUGUUAUGGGUUACACAUACUAUGACAGCUCAUGGUAGAUACCUCCGUGACCAUCGAGGUCAAUUUCAACCAGUGUUCAGAGCAUUAUAUAAAGGCGUGAAUCGCGUUCGAGACGAUAUUGCAACAUUGUAA